AUGAUUGCCACUGGAAUGGUGGGUGUUGGAACAGGAUGCUCUAUUGUUGUGAGUGUUGCAUCUGAUGACCAUUUAGCAAGUUUCACAACGGCCCACCCCCUGCCAAUACGCUUAUUUAGCACCGCUUCCAUUCACCGUGGUUCUCCCUGCUCCUCCUUGUCCGGCGUCUUCGCAAAACUAAAGCUGAAGAACUUACCUUUCUCUUCAACUCAACUACUUCUCGUUUAUCAUCGAGAAUAUUCCGGCGGUCGGACGUUCUCAGCUCGUCCGGCGAGGUCGGGUACCCGAGACACCAGGCGUGGGCAACUCCGACCGGGAAGUGUCUCAGGGCAGAGUAAGAGCCUCAUUGAAGACGAGGAGGAGCUCAGCGAUUGGAUCAGCGACCUCAAGGCCGACUCUUUUCGUACUAGGCAUAGCAGCGAGGACGAGUUUUCUGGUCGUAGUCGGGGUAAACAGGAAAUUAUGGAUAGGGAUAGAAAUUGGUUAAAGAGUAAAGGGCAGGGGAGGGAUUCUCGGUCUGCGGUUCAUGGUCGGCCCUCUUCAAGGAGGAACAGGGAUAGUGAUUCCGAUGGGUAUUCAUCUCGUAGUCAGAGAGCUUCAUCCUUGAGGAGGCGAAUUGAUAGUGAUGAUGAUGCAGAUGAUUUCCGUAGCGGGAUUGGGAAUGGGCGGGGAAAUCGACCUUGGGUCUCUAAAAAUUCCAGAAAAGGACUUGGUGAUCGACACGGGGCUUCUUCUUCUUUCAAUAAGAGAGGCGGGGGUGAUUUAGAAAUUGGCGGUAGAGUAGGCGAACGCAUGAGAAGUCCAAUUCUUGCUGUACAGAGUGAGGAGGAGGAGGAGGACAGUGAUGAUGAUAUGUCUGAUGCUGAUAAUGAUUUUUUCGGUGACAAGGAAGACAGGAAGGAUAGUGUUGCAAAUGGUGCCUUUGAGAAGGGCGGUUCUCUUACGUCCAGUGACGGCGAUAUUGUAAAAGCAAUACCAAAAACUUCUGUGCCGGCUGGUGAUUCUUACUUGACUGAGUCGAGAUUUGAUCAAUUUUCCCUUUCUCCACUGUCACUGAAAGGAGUAAAAGCCGCUGGUUACGAAAGGAUGACUCUUGUGCAGGAGGCAACUCUUCCAGUAAUACUCAAGGGCAAAGAUGUCCUUGCCAAAGCUAAGACGGGAACUGGCAAAACUGUAGCAUUUUUGCUUCCCGCAAUUGAGCUAGUUACAAAGCAACCUCCACCUGAUCGUGAUAAUAGAAGACCCCCUAUCAAUGUUCUUGUAAUUUGCCCAACCAGGGAGCUUGCAGAUCAAGCGGCUGCUGAAGCUUCAAAGCUGUUGAGGUAUCAUGCUUCUAUUGGUGUUCAGGUUGUUAUGGGUGGUACAAGAUUGGCAUUAGAACAAAAACGAAUGCAAGCUAAUCCAUGCCAGGUACUUGUAGCCACACCUGGACGGUUCAGAGAUCAUAUGGAGAAUACACCUGGAUUUACUUCCCGACUAACUGGUGUGAAAGUUCUUGUUCUUGAUGAGGCGGACAGAUUGCUAGAUAUGGGAUUUCGGAAAGAUAUUGAAAAGAUUGUUGCUGAACUGCCAAAACAGCGACAAACACUUCUUUUUUCUGCCACAGUUUCGGAUGAGGUCCGUCAAAUAUGCUACAUUGCUAUGAAAAGAGACAAUGAAUUUAUAAAUACAGUUGAAGAGGGCAGUGAGGAAACACACUCCCAGGUUAUGCAGAUGCAUUUAAUAGCACCAUUAGACAAGCAGUUUUCAAUACUCUAUGGUAUUCUGACUGAUCAUAUUGCUGAAGAUGUUGACUAUAAGGUUAUAGUGUUCUGUACCACUGCAAUGGUUACAAAACUUGUGGCUGAUCUUUUGGCAGAGUUGAAUUUGAAUGUUCGAGAAAUGCAUUCUAGAAAAGCACAAAACUAUAGGACCAGGGUCUCCAAGGAGUUCAGAGAGUCAAAAGGCCUUAUUCUUGUCAGUUCUGAUGUCUCUGCAAGAGGAGUUGACUACCCUGAUGUCACCCUUGUCGUACAGCUUGGAGUGCCUGCUGAUAGGGAUCAAUAUAUACAUCGACUAGGUAGAACUGGCAGGAAAGGUAAAGAAGGAAAAGGCGUACUUAUUUUGGCACCAUGGGAAGAUUUCUUCUUAGAUAACAUACGAGACUUACCAAUUGCAAAGGCUCCAGUUCCGCUUGUUGACCCAAACACCAGAAAGAAAGUGGAGAGGGCCCUUGCUCAUGUCGAAUUGAAGAGCAAGGAAUCAGCAUACCAAGCAUGGCUUGGCUAUUACAACUCCAUCAAAAAUGUCGCCCGAGAGAAAUCCAAGCUUGUACUUCUUGCUAAUGAGUUUAGCAGUAGCAUGGGGCUUGACAAUCCUCCGGCAAUCCCCAUAAUUGUUCUGAGGAAGAUGGGACUCAACAAUGUUCCAGGGUUACGUGCUAAGUAGAUUUUAUUGAAAUACUUGAUUGCCUUACAAAACUAGCUUAAGUUCAUUAGCCCAAGCACAAAUUUCUUCUUGAUAUCAUGGAAAACCAGAUUCUUAUUCAGCAUUAAAGGCCACUCGAUCUUCAAGGUAUUGUGAAAUUCCAAUGCAGCUUUAGGAGUUCAACAGAUUCCAGGUUUGGGUUUUUUGUUGUUGUACAAUUCCAGAUCUGCUAAUUGAGAGGUGAAUUAAGAGAAAUUUUUGAAUGGUCAUGUAAUUCUAUCAUGGGUAAGCAAUUUAUAUUUUCAUUUAUUGCCAAACAUUUUAUUGUGCAAAACAAGCAUUCUAUUUUCCAAAAUAUAUUUAUCGCACAUUC